AUGGUUCCAACAUUGAGUCAUUUUAUUUCAUGCAAUGUAACAUCUUUUGGUGAUAGUAAAGAAUGUAAAAAUGAACUUGAUCUUCUACUUUCUCGUGCACUCAGCCUAUCGCUCUUAGGCUUUGCAGAAUGGCGUCUACAAAGUUCUGCAGAAAGUCUACCUUUAGAAAUCAAGAAUACGUGGUUAAAAGGACUCAAUUUAACUGCAUACAAGAAACCAUAUGAUGAGGAGCAAUGUAUAAGAUGCAGUCGUUCACGUCUUGCUAUGCAAUGUGAAGAACUUCACAUUUGUGUGAAAAAUCGAAUAUCAAUAUGUUGUUUUGUCAAAGUUAUACGUGAAAUGUGA